AUGUUAUCGAUACAACCUCAUAACGCGUUCGUGGCGUUCGACCUCUCUACCGGCGCGAGCGCCAGUCCACCGCGCGUUGUCGUACAGUGUGGUGCGAUGGCGUUGGCGGGGGGCGGGUGCGUAAACAAGGCUUAUGACGCAGUCGAUGAUGGCUUCCACACCAUAGACCUGCGUGGCAGCAAGCGGGAAAAUGGAAAGCGACGGCGGCCUGAGGCGGAGACGGACUCCGAGGGGCGGGGGACGCAGUCGGGUGACCACACGCUGCGCUGCGGCUGGGGACUGUUCCGGCCCGCCUGGCUGCAGCGGUUCCGGACAGCGAAGUGGGCACUCUUCUGGCUAUGUUGGGCUGGCGCUAUACAGGGUAUGGUUGUGAACGGGUUCGUGAACGUGGUGAUCACCACAAUAGAGAAGCGCUUCGGACUCCGAUCUAUGCAGACAGGGGUGAUUGCUGGAGGAUACGACAUGGCGUCGUUCGUUUGCCUCGCGCCUGUCACGUACCUGGGUGGCAGAAUGGGCUCCUCCAAGCCGCGCUGGCUCGGCUGGGGCGUGCUCCUGAUGGGCGCUGGCUCGCUGCUGUUCGCGCUGCCCCAUUUCCUGGUCCCACCGUACCGGGUGGCCGGGGACGAGCCCGAGGACCUCUGCACGCCGAACAGGACAACCUCGGUAAGCCUCUGCGACCCGGAGAACAGUCCUGAGGGAGGCGGAUGGGCGGUGGCUGUCUUCCUGGCGGCCCAACUGCUGCACGGCGCUGGUGCGACUCCGCUCUUCACGCUCGGAGUGACCUACAUCGACGAAAACGUCUCCAAGAAGAUGUCCUCCGUGUACCUGGGUGAGCUGAUCCAUGUCCUCUUGCGAAUA